CCGAACCCGGACGAAACCCGGUUAGAAGAUCCAUCGAGCACUCGGACACUUAAACACAGCUGUUAUUCCGGAGACUUCCGGGGUCCCCUGUACUGUCCCAUGUAGCUCCGAGAAACACCGGAUACAGAAGCUGCUCAGGAGAACCACUUCCGCUGGAGAGCCAGGGCGAAGGGAAACCGUUUCAGGCGAUCGUUACUCCAACGCGUCGGCAUGUAGCAGCUCGGUGUUCAGAUAGAUGGAUAAACCCCCAAGAGGUUGAACUGAGCUGAAGCAUUGAUCCCACAGCUCACAUCAGCCCAAGUCCAUCAGUGCCAAACAAGCCAGCAGGCUGCAGAGGUGGGACCGUCCAGUUCCUGUGCAUCAUUAAAGCAUGACAGAUGUGUGACAGAUGUGAGGGGUAGGAGGUGGACUGGGCAGGGUCAAAUGAGCAGGUUCUAUUGCGUGGUGGAAAUCUGUUUGGACGCGCUCCACCAUCUAAAACACAUGCAAAUAGCGGGCUGUAAGGCUGUCCAUCAUGAAGAAGCGAGCCAACAAGGUGCUGGAGAAGGAGGAGAUUUUGUGCUGCUGCGAGUAUAUGAACAGACUUGGAGAGCGCAGCCAUGUGGCAGCAUGCUGCUGUGACUGUGAGGACCUGGAUGACACCUGUGACAGGUUUCUGAAGAGGGAGUCUCAGAAACCUGAAUCCCUGUCUCAUGUGGCUGCAGUUGUCACAGACAGGAUUCGUGUGCCCUGGCUGUGGGGUGGAGCCCGAAAAGUGGACCUGUCCGUCAUCCCUCCUCUUAUUCUCCUCCCGGUCCUGCUGCACCUCGCUGCUCUCCACUUCCUGCUCGGCAUGGUGGCUCUAACAGCUCUGCCCGGCCUGGUGCUGUGGUACUACUACUUCACCCACCGCAAGAAGGGGCGUACACUCUUCUUCCUCAGCCUGGCCCUCUUCUCCCUGGCCUACAUGUACUUCUUGUUCAUCACUGAGGUGCUGCCCCGCGGGGAUUUUGGCCUGGUCCAGCUAGUGUUAGUAACUGUAGGGGUCACACUCACCCUCGUAGCCCUGUUCCGCACUAAGAGAGAGCCCGGCGUUGUGCGGCCAAACAAAGAGGACGUCCACAGCACGGUGACGUAUUACAGCCCUCUGGCAGACCGAGACCCUGCCUUCAACGGGGGGAGGCACGAUGUGACGAUGACCGUAGCCAACCGGGCGGGAUCGUCGGCGCAUACUGGGGUGGAGGAAAACAGCCGAAGUAACUGGUGUCCGGUGUGCAGGGUGGUGCGGCCCCCGAGGGCGGGACAUUGUCGGAUCUGUGGCGUCUGCGUGCUGCGUCUCGACCACCACUGUGUCUGGAUAAACAGCUGUGUGGGGCAGACCAAUCACCUCAGCUUCCUGCUUACGCUCGUCCUCUUCCUGUUGACGUCCCUGUACGGUGUCAGCCUGGUGCUGCAGAGCGUGUGUCCCAAUCAAUACCUCGUCACCGCCCUGCUCUACUGCCCGGGGGUCUACAACCAGUACAGCUCCGCCCUGUGCUUCACCUGUGCGUGGUACAGCAGUAUCGUGACCUGCGGGCUGCUGCACCUGCUGGUGGUGCAGGUCAUCAACGUCAGCUACAACGUGACCGAACGCGAGGCGCGGACAGCCCUGCGAGACAAAACCGCUCGCAGCGCCUACUGGGGACUCGUCGUGGACACCGGCGUCUACUCUCGAGGUUUCCGUGGCAACUGGGCAGAGUUCAUGACCAUGGGAGAACAACUGAAUCCAGCCUCUCCCGUCCCAACAGACCCGGUUGCCUUGCUGGGAGUCGGCAUAGAAGACAAACGUGAGACUGAAUAAUGUGUUCUGAUCCUCGUAUCGGACAUUUUCUGUGAGAGCGGCAUCAGCAACGAGAUGAGGAGUUGGUCCUGCAUUAGAAACAUCUUUUUAACGAUGGUCUCUCUGCACACUGUGUCCUCCACAAACACUUCUCUGCAGUGUGUUCCUGGACUUGUGAAAUGUGUCCUGGAUAUUUAUCACAGAGGAAUUAAACACCUUAGCACAAGCCACAUAAUCAGGCUAAUUAAAGUCAUACAGCUUGUCAUUGCAUUAAUCACAAUGAAUUAUUGGAUAGUUAUGAAUUUAUGAGCAGCUACAUGCAUCCUGAUAAACUGAUUCCUAAAUUAAACGGCUCUGGGAAUAUGAAAGAGCAAAUAAACCAAAGCACAUUAAUGUCACCUUGAGAAGUUUUCCACUAUCGCUGCUUUCCUCCAAAAAGCCCUUCAAAGUUGUAUAAGUCCAGUUCUACUUGUAUGAAUGUAUUUUUAUUAAAUGACUGUGAGAAA